AUGCCAGAUGAUUCGGGAAGCAGGGGCCAAAUGCUCCUAUUCAUGAUUCUCAUGCUAUAUUUCAUGUCGAGCACGCCGCCGGAGGAUGCCGGAUACCCGCCAAUGCAGGAUAGAAGGAGGAUAAUGCACGAAUUUCGGCAGGAGUUGGCGGAAUCUCGAAAAGCACUAAGUGGAGAUUACAGUUCAGGAUAUGGCAACUUGACGGGGUUCAGGCUCAGUUACGGGGACGUUCUUGAGGGCAGAAACGCCUCGGACUGGCCGUUUCCGGACAAGGGACAGGGCUCGUUUGAGGAGACGCAGAAAUACAGCAUUCUUCCAGAUGCAAUUAGUGAAAAAGCGGCGUCUGUGUGGAAUACGGAGGAGAGAGUGGUCGAGCUCCCGCGGGGGGCAUCAGAAGGUGCCAGGGGUACUCAUGAAGGUGGGGCGUACCACUUGAACGUUACCGGGUACGUUCAGGGAGGGUUUACGCGUGUGGAAGUGCCGGAAUUGCACGAAAUACCGAUGCAUGUGCCGCAGUAUUACGACAAAUUGCGUGAGUACCGGCAGAUAGAGUCCGAGCUAAACGAUUUCGAGAGCACUAACGGCGACUCGAGCUCGCCGUUCGCCGAGGACGGGCCCGUGGUGGUCGGCGGGCAGGGAAAUGAGCAGAAACCGGCAUCUGGAGUGUGGUCUAGGCUCGGAAACGUGACCUACGACCAGGGAGGGGUCAAAAUACGGAUUGGCAACACGAGAAGUGGCAACGGGACACAGGCAGAGUCGCCUGCGGGUCACAGGGGGGUGUCAGUGGUGGAUUUGCACGUGCAGUUGAGCGAUCCGGGCGAAAAAGUUCAGGAUGAAGUGGCACUUUCCGGUGUUUACCACGCGGAAACGGGAAACAUCGUUGCAGUGACGCGAUCCGCGAAGUUUGCCGGCCCGUACGCCUUACCACAUCUGAAUUUUGGUCCUGGCAAGGCCUUUGACGGUACCAGGGAUGUCUACAGCUGGCGAAUGGCACAAACACCACUCCAGGAGCUCCAGUUUGGAGUGGUGAGCGAUCUGCUCGAGCAGAGUGCAAGCUGCGAGUAUAUCGCGUACUUGCACGUGCAAUCGACGAAUUUGAGCGAGGACCAGCUCCGGGAGAUCGAUGCAGAGCUCGAAAACCCGCUGGGCCGACCACAUGCGAGAAUCCCGCAUCUCCAGGUCUCCGGGGGCAUUCUGUACUCGCCCGAUUGCCGCGUAGUGCUUAGCGUGGGCCAGUGUGAGGGCCAGAGGCACGAGGUGCAGACUAUGGGCCUUCAGCGGGUGGUUCUUGGCUGUGCGGUGCUGGUGAUCGCCCAAAUUUGGAUGUUUGUCAACCAGAUGCACGACACUUCGACACCUUCGACACUCUCCAGGCUCGCAUUCUGGACUGUAGCCCUCAUAAACGUGGCAGAUGGCUCGCUCAGCAUGGUGAUGCUUCUCUGCUCGAUGAUCUACAAGGAGCUCUAUCUUCAGUUCAUCGUGGCUGCAUUCUUGGCCUUUGUGUGCUCCUCCAUCUACGAGAUGAAGUACGCAAUCCAGAUUUACGCUGCCCAGACCAACGAGCGGCCUUUAACGUGGCGAACCGCGUUUCAGGGGUCUCCGAUUGAUGAGAGGGAGGAGCAGCAGCAGCAGCAGCAGCAGCAACAACAACAACAACAACAACAACAAUUGCCAACCCCCAUUCCCGAGGACGAGCAGUCGGUCGCAGCCAGAUUGUACAUGCGGUACUUUUUCGGCAUGCUCUUGCUUCUUUUUCUGGGCCUCAACGUCACCACGUGGCCCAAAACACAGCGGAAAUUCAUGGAGUAUGCCGCGUUGAUCGUUACCAACUCCUACUGGAUACCACAGAUCUACAGAAACGUCAUCCGGGGCUCCAGGAGGUCCUUCAGCUGGAGUUUCAUGCUCGGGAUCUCCGCCCUUCGGUUGGUUCCAUUGGUGUAUCUCUUCACAUUCUCCAACCCGCUCCGCCACCACCGGGACCCUGCAUUUGUGGCUAUGCUCGCCAUAUGGGUGUCUGCCCAGCUGUUACUUAUGUUUCUGCAGGAAGUGGUCGGUCCCAGGUUCUUCCUCCCUGAGAAAUACCUCCCCAAAACGUACAACUACCACCAGAUCCUCACCAAGGCCGAUCUCGAGAACGGUUACAACUUCGAGAGCUUUGUUGGUGGCGAUAACGGCACACAGCUCAAGUGCAAGCUGGAUUGUGCCAUCUGCAUGCAGUCUCUUGAGAUUCCUGUCAUCGAUACCCAGCUUGGUUCCACUUCCCAGACCUCUGGCAUGGGUACUAGUGCUGCCAACUUGCUGGCUGCUCGAAAUUACAUGGUGACCCCUUGCCGGCACAUCUUCCACACUGCUUGCCUAGAGGGCUGGAUGAGGUACAAGCUCCAAUGCCCUGUCUGCAGGAACAGCUUGCCUCCGUUAUGA